CCUUCGUGGAAAUCAGCCCCACACGCGAACCAGAAGCUGUAUCCAAUCUGUCCAUCCAUGGCGUUUUCUUCACCUUCCAAGAACCACAUACAUACCACCUUCCAUCUUAUAUACAUACCCACAUCACCACCUCUCAAUCACAAACCAAACCAAAUCAAACACACCUCCAAUAAUCAACUAUAACAAAUGGCCACAACAAACCAACAACCACAAUUCCAAGAUUAUCUACCAAUAAUGGCGGCUAAGUUAGGCGGAGACGGGUUAAUCGAAGAGCUAUGCAACGGGUUUCGGUUACUGAUGGACGCUGAAAAAGGGGUGAUCACUUUCGAUAGUUUGAAGAAGAAUUCGACGUUGUUGGGGCUUGGAGAGUUGAGUGAUGAUGAUAUUGUUAGUAUGUUGAGAGAAGGUGAUAUUGAUGGAGAUGGUGGGCUUAAUCAGAUGGAGUUUUGUGUUCUUAUGUUUAGAUUGAGUCCGGAUUUGAUGGAUCAAUCUGAGUUUUUGCUUGAAGAAGCUUUGGAACAGGAGGAGGAGUUUAGUGGUUUUUAACUUUUGGUUGUUGACUUUUUGUUGUUUGUUGAUAAUAUAUAUUUAGAUUCAUUUUAGUAGCAGUUUUUGCCCAAUUUUAUUGUCUUUUUUCUUGCCCAAUUUUGAGAAAUUGAUGGAUAGAUUAUCCAACUUCUAGUCUUCAUCUUAUUGAUUCAUCAUGCUUCUUGUUGAAAAAAGAGUCAAUAUUAUUCGAAUAUCCA